GAAAAAGUAAAGUGCUACAUUCGAGUAGAUGUCACACGAAAAAAUCUCGAGAUUUCAUAGUCGUGAAAAUUACGGAAAACACGGUAUUAAUCCGAUAGAAAUCAUUGUAUAAAGCAUAAAACGCCAUCGUUAUUACCAGAGAAUAGUAUUAGCAGAUAGUGGUGUGAAAACAUCUGAAAAUAGGACUUUAGUGAAUACUGUGGAAGAAGCGUGAAUAUAGGAGUCGGUCAGUUUGCUGUCAGCGUUUAACAGGAUCGACUAGCAAUUUGGAUAACACAGGGACGUAGGAUGAUCAUUAACAAUCCGGAAGCCCUGAAGGGCUGGUUGUCGGAGGUGUUGGCGCCACUAUGUGAAGCCGAACCGAUAGCACUAGCACGUUAUGUUUUCGCUCUCUUAAAAAAAGACAAACCGGUUAAAGAAUUGAAAAAAAGUAUGACUGAGCAGCUUGAUGUAUUUCUUGGCAGUGAAACAAAACCGUUCCUUGAUCGACUGUUCUCCGCCAUUUCAUCUGAAGAAUACCUGAAUCAGUUGCCCGUCACAAAGAAUGCCAUUGAUGCCGAAGUACCACCCAUGCCAGAAGCGAUGGAAGUAAAACACGAAAAGGAAUGCACCCCACCAUUAUAUGAUAACAAAGCCAAAGAAACGACAACAAAAAGUGCCGAGAUCACAUCGAACGUAUCGCCGGAUGAAACGCAAACACCAGCAGCAGAUACUGUCUUGCCCGUCGGCACAAUACAAAACAGCCCAACAAAAACGUCCGAUAAAGAAAAUCAACCACGUGAGUCUCGCCGGAGACGGGUUUCUUUGCGUUCACGCUCACGUUCCCGAUCACGGUCCGGGGAACGAUCUAGACGAUCUCGAUCACGCGACCGCCGAGUCAAUGAGAAACGUGUCUUCCGAAAUAAAUCACCUCCACCUGGUGAAAGAAGAAGACCAGAACGUCGUGUUGCAGAACGAUCUCCCAGACCGAUUGGUAAAAAUAGAACAAAAAGUCAUUCGGCGUCAAGAAGCCGGUCAGGUUCGCCCGAGCAUAGAAAAAUCUCCCGCUCAUCUUCCCCACCUGCUAGUGAAAAUAACAACAUAAACAAUGGUACGAAUAAAAGACAGCGAUGUCGAGAUUUCGACGAGAAGGGUUACUGCGUUCGAGGAGAGACGUGCCCUUGGGACCAUGGCGUGAAUCCUGUCGUGCUCGAAGGGAUCAAUAAUCCCACUCUCAUUGGAAUGCCAUCUCACUUACGUGAAUAUAACCCUGACGCGCCGGAGCUGUGGAAUCGAAGUAGUGCAUUCCAAGGAGCCCGCGGCCCAUUUCCCCAUAAGUCUGGAGUUGUUGUACCUGGUAAUUAUACUCGUCCGCCUGGCGCAGGCUUUCGGCCAACUACAGCUGCAUUCUCGUUCCCAAUCAAUCCAGCUGCUACCCCGUUGCAAAGAGAACUGAUUUCCGUGCCAGUGGUUGAUGCGAACGCUGGUGGCGACGUGUCAGCAUCGCAGUCGAAGCGUCGAUAUGAACCGGAAGACACCGUCGCCGUAGCUGAAGGGCCUACGAAACGAAAACUUCCCAUAAAUAGCAGAUUAGGGCCGCGGGUUGGGCCCCAGCAAAAUUGUACUUUGGAACUGCGCAAGAUACCCCGUGGCAUGAAUACAAUCACACAUUUGAAUAACCACUUUUCGAAAUUCGGUAAAAUCGUGAAUAUUCAAAUCUCGUACGAAGGAGACCCCGAAGCUGCAACUGUGACAUUUUCCACCCAUGCCGAGGCGAACGUAGCCUACCGGAGUACAGAGGCUGUUCUUAACAAUCGUUUCAUUAAGGUAUUCUGGCACAGUCCGGGUAGCACUGAAAACCCAAUCGUUACUACUCCAAAGGAGGACAUCGUGGCGAAUGGUCGAAAGCAGAGCCAGUACCAUUUGAACAAUGUAGUUCCUGCCGUGCCUACUACCGCAACUGAAAGUGCCAAAAUCAUUAAUGCAGCUAUCUCGUCUGCGGGAAGCACUGCCACGAGUACGGCACCAACAACUGUGUCAUCGGCGAUGACUCCUACUGCUCCUGCACCUGGGCCAGUUCGGUUGAAAACAAAUCGCUCAAUUACACUUCCGACUACCGCAAUUAUCCGGAAAAAGCAGGAGGAUCACAUAAAGACGGCUGUGCAAUUGGCUCAUGGCCUGCAUAAACGUAAACACGAGCUUCUACGCGAAUAUUUGAAAGAGAUGAAGGCUGCUGUGGAUCUUGUUGAGAAAACCGAUCCUUCGGAUCCGGCCCGUGCGAAAAAACUGACCACAAUCAAAGAUUUGCAGGUCGUGAUCGAUAAGCUGCGUAAGGAAAUUGCCACGGAACAAGUCCAAUUAUCCGCUCAAAUUCAAAAUCAACCGCCCGUGAAGAAAACAAAGGAGCAGCAGAAAAAGGAGUUGCUCGACCUGGAGUUGGAACUGAUUGCACAACAACAAGAAGGUAACGAUACCACCGCAAUUCAAAAACGCCUCGAGGAACUUCAACGGAGCUUGGGGAUUUCUUCGUCAUCGUCGACAUCACAUAAGACGCAUUUUGGACGAAACAUGCGCGUACGCAACACCGUUUCGACAUGCGUCGAUCGGAGACCGACGACUUUACUGAUAUCUGGAUUCGAUAGUGAAGACAGUGAUUUACUAUUGGGACAUUUUAAGCAUUUCGGCGAAAUCACUAAGCAUGAGGUGGAUCGAUCCGCUCCGCAACUAACCAUUUCGUAUGCAACUCGGCUUAAUGCAGAGCAGGCCGUGCUUCGGGGUCGAGUUUUCAAAGAGAAGCGCUUACAAAUUGCUUGGGCACCUACACAAAACAAAGUGGACAACACAGCUUCCGAUUCGACGACCAACAAAAUGUCUACCGAAUCAGUCCCGGACAAUCGUCUCGAGGACGAGGAGGAGGAGGAGGAUGCCGAGUCGGAGGAUCGGUCCUGGCGUCGUUGAUACUGCUACACCUAGAACUGAUCAAUUAACACAAUGUUAUCUAGACACAUAAGAAAUGACUGAACGUAAAAUCAUUUUAAGGCUUUAUGAAUUCAAGUGAGAAAGAAGAAAACUCCGAAUUGGAUCGAAGUUGUAAUUGCAGUUUCUGAUUUUGUUGAUAGUUUUUUUAGUGAUCGAUUUUAUAAAAUGAUUUUCCGUACGGUCCGCGUAGUUUGACCCUAAGUUCUACGAUAGAUACUGAUAUCCAAUACAAUAGAAUGACUUCCUCCAUUCUCUGAAGAAUUGCACUUAAUGGUUUUCAGUUCCAUUUCACUCGGCAUAGUGAAUUAUGCAACCUAGAGAACGCUACAUGAGACAAAGGAACUAUCAUAGGAGAGGACGUGUGGCGACAUACGUGCUUUUGUAUUGUUGUAAAAUAAUUAUAUUGUAAUAAUCUGUAAUUUAUAAAAUAUAAUAGGUUUAAUGCAGAUAAUUGAA